GCGACCGACACGAACGACCGCUGCCAAACACAGAGCCACAGCACAUUCAGUCAACUGGGCAGGCACAUUCAGAACUCGCUGCUGUCGUAACUGUUUGAAAGGACCUAUCAAUUCUCGCCCCUUGCCUGUAUCCUCAAUUGCCCACCCCCGGAGGGCUGGAACAACAGCUCGUGGGCACAUCCCGCGACUACUUCCAUACCAGAACCAUGUCCACCUACGAGGCGCGUCGCUUGCAGAACAUCAAGAACAAUGCCGCUCUCGUGAGCGACCUGGGCCUUCAGUCACACGCCGCCCGUGCCACAAGAACAUCAGCCGAGAAUAAUGGCCGGUCGGCCAAGCGGCAGAAGACAACAGCUAGCAAAGAGCCCCCAAAACCAACCCGCACGUCCGCGAGAAUCGCCAGCGCCCCAUCACGACCCAUUUACGGCGAGGAUGCCCUUACGAUCGUGGACAACAGCAGCUCGAGCCUGCGCGGCAGAGGACGAGUAGCCAAGACGAACAAGACCGCGCCCUCCUUACCAUCUCCAGCACCCUUGACCACCACCUCGCAGACGACCCGGGCAGACCUCUCCACCAUAACAGCAGGCUGGACGUCCUGGACACCACAGGCCCCUCCGCCGACCUUUGACGAGUACACGGGCGCAUACCACUUUGGCUCCCACCCAGACUUCACCCCCAACAAGUCCCCCGAGUCCAUCCUACGGGAGGGCUGCUUCGGCGGGUCGUACUUCCGCCCCCUUUACUCGCGACACCUGCGGACCACCAUCGAGGAUGACUGGCGCGAGCUGCCGCCCGAGUGGAUCUCCGGGCUCAACGUGGAAAGGUACCUCACCUCGCCAGAGUACGACCCGGAGGUGAACAAGUACGGCGUCGCGUGCGGGCAGAGCAUCGAGGAAUGGGAGGCUGCGGGUUGGAUCCGGCACGAGCACGAUGUCCGGGGUUGGUUCCAGUGGUACUGUCGCUUCUGGAUGGGGCGGCGGUGCGACGACGACGAGAGGCAGAUUGGCCGGUGGAAGAAGUGCGUGGGCGAGACGGGCAGGUGGAGGAGGAUUCUGCUCAAGAAGUACGUCGCGGCGGGGAUACGGAAUGUCAUGGAUGAAGGUGUGGAUGAAGGUGACGGCAGUGAAGAGGAUGGCGGGGGAAGACGCGGAACUGGGGUCAGCCCGGUCGUGCAUCAGACUUGUCAUCACUGGGCUUGGGAGGUUAGGCAGGAUGCGCUCGAUCGGUUCUGGAGGGAGGCUCGGUGAGGGUUUAUUUCGAGACAUGAGGCCGCGCAAUUCACCAUGAGGUUUGAUGUUGACGUUUCACGUGAAUGGCGAUGGCGUGUCUCACGUCUCCUACGUUUUCCG